UCUUUGCAGCACACCCACAGGCCACAACCACCAGUCCUGUGGACUUGGGUAUUCACCUUUCCUAUAUAUCUUGUGGGGACAAAGAAAAGCAGAUGAUCCCGUGGGUGGCUAUAUGCACUCAUCCUCCACUUUUCAACUAGCAAAAAUCCAUUUUUUUUUCUGGAGAAUCUCCUAUCAGCAUUUAGGCAUAGCAGCCUUUGGUUUCUAUACAUUGAUCGAGGUGCUAAUUUUGAGAAGUUAGCAUCCAGCUGGUGGCAUUACGUGAAGAGUGGAAUCAUACUCUACCGGUGGCGACGAAAUGGAGGACGAUGUUGGAACAAGUUGAGGCAGUGGUUGCAGAUGCAAAGAUCCCAUCAUUUUCUUCUAUAUAUCUGCUGCUCCUGCUGCUGCUGCUGCUACGGUUGGGAUAUCUACUAUUUCUGCUGCUCCGAUCAAUCUCCCGCUGCGGUAUUGCUGCACCUUUAAAGCAUAAAGAGGUACGGAAGGUAUGGGUUAUGGACUUGCAUACCAGACUUACUGUGAGUACUAUGGAAGUGGACCGCCUGGCGAGUUUGACCACGAAGCGCCCUGCUUCGUAUGCUGGUACGACAGCACUACUCCGGUGCGCAAGUGUGUCGGUAGUCACCGUGACGGUAUUCCGAAGAUAGGCAUCCACGACUCGUGUGCUGAAUUGCCAUCAAAGUUGAACCGUCACCCCUUUCACCGGAAACACACACUCACACUCCGCACUAAAACCUCAUGCGAUUCGUGGACGAGGUUGUGCGAUGCCUGUGGGAAGUUAAUAGCUUGGGGCUUUUACUUUUUUUGUGAGUUGUGUAAUUUUCACUUGGACCCUCAUUGUGCUACUUCACUCCAUAGAUAUGAUAGGGGUGGAAUCAGAAAUCUAAAACACCCACACCAGUUGAUGCGUUGUAAGAUGGACUCAUUAGCGUCUGAACUUCGCUGUUCUGGCUGCAAGACACGCAUAUAUCGGUCGGAUGUCUAUGUUUGUUUGCUUUGCAAAUGUUUGUUGCACAGACGUUGUGCAGACGCUUCACCUGUUCACCCUUUUCACUCACAACACCCACUCACCCUACGUCUAACCACAAGUGCGAGUGAAUAUCGGUGCAACGUUUGUGGGAAGGACCUACAAUACGGACAUUUCUUCCACUGUUCUCAGUGUAACUUUAGCCUUGACCCAGAUUGCUUUGUCAUUAUGCCUAUGCAAAGUUGUAGAGACGGUAUGGAACUCCAGACUCUGCCGUUAAACCACCCUCACCCACUGAUCAUCUGCGAGAAAACAAAGAAUAUCGAAGUUAUCUGCCAUGGUUGCAAGCAAUCUUGCAAGGGUUCUUUCUAUGUUUGUCUCCACUGCCGUUGCAUCCUGGACAAAUCAUGUGCCAAAUGGCCUCAGCAAAUUGACCACCCUUUUCACCCAAACCACCCACUUACCCUGCUUGUUAAACACGAUCAUGAUUCCAGCCGGUGCAACGCUUGUGGGAAGGAGCUACAAGGCCUUAUUUUCUAUUGCUCUGAGUGUGAAUUUGGCUUGGACUUGCUUUGCGCUGCCUUGAUGCCUCCACGAAUUAAGCAUCUACAAUUAGGCCACCCCCAUCGUUUGAACCUUCAUGAGAACACAGAGAAUUCCAAUUUUAUAUGCUAUGCGUGCCAGUUACGCAUCAACGAUUCGUUCUAUCUCUGUUUGGAAUGCAAUAUUUUUCUGCACAGAUCAUGUGCUAACUUACCUCGGAAUGUACACAGACUGCCUCAUCACAAGCAUGCUUCUCCUUGCCAGCAUCGCACUCUAACCCUCCAGGAUCAUUUUCCUCAUAAUAAGCAAUUCGUCUAUCUGCCAGAAAUGCACCCCUUACACCCGAAUUACAAUGGUGAUAUUGCCCAACAGGCAGUUGUUCCCACACCAAGUAAGGCAUGCUCAAAAUGUUUCAGUAGUAAGGGCUUCGGCUACGAAUGUAGUGAAUGUUUAGACUACUUUGACAUUAGCUACACUCUGAAGAAGUCUAAACCUCACGAGCACCCUCUUGCUUACUUCAACAUCAAAUCGAAUAAGCUCAACUGUGAAAGUUGCCGUCGAUCCUUACUUACCCCUUUCUUUCGAUGUGAGGAGUGUAAUUUCAACAUCCAUGUCAGUUGCGUCUCAAUACUGCCGCAAAUAGUCAAACACCGUUGUCACAGGCAUAUUCUCUCUCUCACAUAUUCUCCUGUCAAAGACUUUCCAGACGAAGGCGAAAAUGCAGAGUUCUACUGUGAUAUCUGCGAGGAACAUAGAUAUCUAUUUGACCCUACUUACUACUGCGAGGAAUGCCACUUUGUCUCUCAUGUUCACUGUGCCAUCGCAACCUCUGAGGAAAUGCGCAUACUAAUGGAAGAGUGGCCUAUGGCUUUUAACCUUGAGGAGAUCAAACUAGGCAUGUCAUCUAACACAGGCAAAAAGAAUGCUGAUAAGCAAAAGGGACCAGCGCUGGAAAGCCUAGCAAGUGUAGAUGAAGCCACAGGUGUUUCGGUGGAGGAAUGCAAAGCGGAAGGAAGGGUUGCUGAAAAUCGUCUUUUGAUCAUUAAACAAGAUGAAGACAUUGCAGUACUUCUCGAAGAGAUACUGUGCCAAGAAACAAAACUAAGUGCCAUGCAUGAAAGGAAAGAGGAACUAAAGAGAAGACGUGCAACGAAUUUUGGACUUACUAGAACAGAGGGUAUUAUGUCAGAACGAAUCUCGGAACAGACUCAAUGCUCUGCCUCUGAAAGUUCUUCUAGUGAGAAUGAGCAGUGGAUUACUGCAAGUUCUUCCAGUGAGACUGAGUGGUGAUCAGGUUCUGAAAGCACGGGUUCACCCAUCGAAGACACAAAACAAGAGCAAAAAGAAGCAUCAUCAUCUAUGAACGGGCGACACACUUUCUUGUUUGUUUGUAGGUUCUAUUUUGCUCGUUUGGUUUUGGAAUGUCAUGGCCGGGCAGUUCAUUUGAUAUUGCAUUAUGGUCUAAGCUCCACACUUCCAAGUGCAAUCGAUGUUUCUUUUUUGUUGUAACAAACAUGCUAGGACCACCGCACUUUUUUCACCACACUACGAAAGUGGGGGAAACUCUCAAUUUUGUGGUGGGUUGUCAUGGAUCUGUGUAUUUAUUUAUAUGAUAAAGAGCCAAAUAGGUGCUCGAAAGUUGUCUGCAUUA